AUGGAAAACGAGACGGAGAGCGGACUCUGGGCCGAAGGGCUGCGCCGGGAAGGGGGAGCACCUGCUGCUGGUGGGCGCGGGAGGUUCGGGCCGCCAUCUUGGGCCGGGUCGGCGGCCCGGCUCCUGGCGCGGCUCCGGCAUUCCGGCCUUCAGUCCCGCUGGAACCUGCCAGGCCGCCGCGCCCGCCUCCUCGAGUGCCCUCGGGGGCGGCAGGUGGUGGCCGAGGGCCCGCGGCGGCGUGAGCGAGCUCGCUCUCCGCGGGCGGCGUUGCGGAAGAGCGCUUGUGAGGCGACGCCGCCGUCCGCCUUCCGCCUUUGCUACCCGGCGUCUCAGGAGUCCUCCGUGAUACGGCCGCUCGGCGGUUGCCGUGAAGACCCCGGACUUGGCCGUGUGUCUCUGAGCUGUGGGAGAAGACAUACACUCUGGUCCUCACUGCGAGCCUGGGUGGACUUGGCUGCAAACAGAAAGGGAGGAAAUAGCAUCACCUCUGGCAGUGCAGCACAGUUCAAUAUAGCAGCAGUCACCGAGCACUGCCUGGAAGAGGCAAAGGACUCACCGGGAGCUGUGAAGGACAUGGGUGCUCCUGCUGAGACCUUGGCCCUACCUGGGAACAGGCCAUGA